GCCCAUGUAUCCCCCCCAGCUCGGCAUAGACUUCCGUCGUCUCCUCCUCGUGAGCUCGCCCCUGCGCCGCCUGCGCCGAUCUCCAUCCCGCGAGCGAGCAGGGGCGCCCGGCGCUGGCGCCGUCGUUCGUCCUGUUGCUUCCGCCCGCAUCCUGACAGUGCUCGUUUCAGAAUAAAUGGGAGAUAGGGAAAGACGAACUGUGUUUGUCACAGUAGGGACCACGUGUUUUGAUGCUCUUGUCAAGGCAGUAGAUUCCCCGCAAGUCAAAGAAGCUCUACUGGAAAAAGGUUAUACUGAUCUAAUAAUUCAAAUGGGCCGAGGUACAUAUGUUCCAUCUAAGGUCUCAGGAGAUGGAACUCUUCAAGUUGAUUAUUUCACUUUUUCGCCAAGCAUUGCUGAUUAUAUAAGGGAUGCUUCCCUGGUCAUCAGUCAUGCAGGUUCAGGAAGCAUAUUCGAGACGUUGCGACAUGGCAAACCUCUAAUUGUUGUUGUAAAUGAGGAUUUGAUGGACAAUCAUCAGAGUGAGUUAGCAGAGGAACUGGCUACAAGGAAACACCUCUUCUGUGCAAGCCCACAAACACUAGGAGAGACGAUCCAGGAAAUGGACAUAGAGACUCUCAACCCUUAUGUGCCAGGGGAUGCCAAACCAGUUGUAUCGCUGAUUAACAAGUUUUUUGGCUUCCCAGAUGACUGAUUUUUUUUUUCUUAUUCCCGCCUUUUCUGUUGUAAGAAAAUGAAGUCACAUAUGGAAGAGGUAGCUGACAAAAGUGAAGUUUCAUAGUGGCAUGUCACAUGCAAGCCUAUACCCAACCAUUUUGGUAUGAUUCCAACUCACCAAGUGUAAUCCGAGAGAACUCUUUGAAUUGUUUGAAAACGGAGGAAAUGCAUCUUAAACUCCAUUGUUAAGCCAUUGGGUGCGAA